AACUAGGUGAGAUGCUUGCAAGCUACAAUUUGUUAUUUUGAAUUAGAAAACAACCAUCUAAUUUUUAUUUCUUUUUCGUAUUUAUAAAAGAUGGUUGGUGCAAUUGACUCGCUAUUACAUUUGUUUCAAUUUUAAUUAAAAGUUAUACUUUGGUGAUUUCUUUAUGAUAUUUGUUAACACAAUUGUGUUAGAUUUUUUUCAUUCUUUAAUAACUAUACUUUUCUUCCCAAUUUUUUUAUGAAUCUGCAUCAUAUUUUUCAAGGAUUUUUUUUAUUCCUUGUCAUUUGUUAGUGUUCAAUUUAUAUUUUUCAAGGAUUUAUAUUUAUGAAUCUUCAUCAUAAAGGGUAUGCCAAAGCUUGCAUUGUCAUCCCUUCCAUCUGUUGAGAUUGUUUAUGCUUGUUGGGAAACUGUUAAUAUAAGAACUAUUUUCCAUCUUUCCUGACGGAAAUUGCCGCAUAUGAUGUAUAAUCUCAAGAUACUUUCCAUCAAACAUUUUGUUGAACUCAAGGUACUACCAAAUGAACUCAACACUCUCAGUUCCAUACAAGAACUACACAUUUCAUGUUGUUAUAAGCCAGAGUCUGUCCCCGAGUGUGUACUGCAAGGUUUGAGUUCUCUUCGAGUUUUGAGCUUUCAAUGUUGCAGUAGCUUAAAAUCCUUGCUCCAACAUCCAACAAACCUGACUUGUCUUGAGAGACUUGAAAUUCUACCUAAUCUAAAAUUAUCCUACCUAAUCUCGUAUUAUUAACGGAUCAAACACGCCCUAAAGAGUUAUCCGCAACAAUUUUUCUUGUUUGAUAAAUACUCAACAAUUUUGAUUGAAAAUAGAAUAGUUACAUAUUAACCACUUGAACUCAAUGUAUUAGUUAUGUGUUGAUUAAAUGUUGCAACAUUAACCUAAAUGAAACCCAUCCCCCCAUUGAUUUCCUUCUUAUCCAAAACUGAGUUGCAGCGUAAACCUGAGUCGCUCCCAAUUAUUCAUUCAUUUCCUUGUAAUCCAAAACUAAGUUGCAGCAGAAACCUGAGUCACUCGCAGCAUCUCAUUCUUCACUCAAAAAUGUUAGAAUGUCAUUUUCAGUGUUAAGUUACGGCGUUGGCGGUGCUAUCGUUCUUUCCACUCACAACAAUUUCAAUCGUCGCUGAUUUUACUCUCAGCUCAUUCCCAAUUACAUCACAAUCACAAUAUUGUUGUUGAUGAAGCUGUUUCUUCGUUCAAUCGAAUGCUCUGUAUCAACCCUACCCCACCCGUAUUCGAAUUCGGUAAGAUCUUAGGUUCCCUUGUUAAAAACAAACAUUUUCACACUGCUAUUUCCCUCUCUCAUCAAAUGGAAUUUAAAGGAAUUCAACCUGACUUUGUUACUCCUGAUGUUGUCACUUGCACUAAUUUACUGUAUGGCCUUUGUAAUGUGGGUCAAUUCAAAGAAGCUGUUGGUUUGUUAAAUGAAAUGUUGUUGAAAAACAUCAGCCCGGAUGUUCUUACUUUUACUAUACUGAUUGAUGGUUUAUCUAAGGAAGGAGAGGUCAGAAAAGCUACAAAUGUCUUGGCUGUUAUGAUAAAACAAGGUGUGAAACCGGAUGUUGUUACUUAUAAUUCUUUAAUGGAGGGGUAUUUCUUGGUUAAUGAAGUGAACAUGGCCAAAUAUGUGUUCAACACUCUUGCUCAAAGGGGAGUGGUUCCUAGUGUUUGUAGCUACAUUGUCAUGAUAAAUGGAUUAUGCAAGAAUAAAAUGGUGGAUGAAGCCAUGAAUCUCUUCAAAGAAAUGUAUUUAAAAAACAAGUUUCCUGAUACUGUAACAUACAAUUCACUUAUUGACGGACUUUGCAAAUCGGGGAGAAUCUCUAAUGUUUGGUACCUUCUUGAUGAGAUGCAUGAUAGACGCCAACCUGCUGAUGUGAUCACCUACACUUCUAUAUUGGAUUGAUUGUGCAAAAACCAUCAGUUUGACAAGGCGAUUGAAUUAUUUGCGAAGAUCAAUGACCAAGGAAUUCAGCUAGAUAUGUAUACAUACACUGUACUUGUUGAUGGACUAUGCAGAAAUGGAAAACUUAAGGAUGCACAAGUGGUUUAUCAGGAUCUUAUACACCAGUUUUUCAUUAUUCCGGUCUGAAAGGGUAGCGUAACAUAAAUCAAGUCAUUUUCCCGGUCAAAAAGGGUUGCUGGAGCAAGCUUGCAUUCACUCAACCCAUUUCAAGGUUGCAUUCACUCUUAUUCGUGCUUUGUUGAAAAACGACAAGAAUGAGAAGGCGGUGAGUGAAACUUCAUCGUAAAAUGAUUGCUAGAGCUCUUUUAUAAGAGCGAAACUAGGUGAGAUGCUUUCAAGUUACAAUUUAUUAUUUUGAAUUUGAAAACUACCAUCUAAUCUUUAUUUCUUUUCCUAGUUAUAAAGAAAAAGGUUAGUGCAAUUGACCCACUAUUACAUUUGUUUUAAUCUUAAUUAAAAGUUAUACUUUGGUAGU